AUAUCCGGGUCAAGUCUUGAAGUAGACUUCUAUGUUGAGAAAUAAAGAAAGUGAACUUAGAGGCAUUUGGCGAAACCAUUCAUGACAAAGCUACAAACUCUUUUAUCAAAUUUUUAUUAGAAGUUGUGCGAUGUUUGAGGUUUGUUAAGAAUUAUUUGAUAUUAUCUCUCUGUUGAAACUAGUAAUUCGAAAUACGGGACUUAAUCCGAGCCUUAGCCUUAACCAUCUUCCUAUUAGAAAUUCCUAAAAUAAGUCACUAAGACUAAGAAGUGAACUAAGUUACUAACUUAGAGCUUACUAAGUCAAAGUCGACCAAGUCUACUCAAUGAUUGACUCUUACUCUUACAAAGUACAAAGGCUCUUUGAACCUGACUUAACUGAUUACUUAAUGUUAGUUAACUUCGUCUAAGUGUGAGCGUUUGACAUUGAAUUCAUUGAUACCCAGAUGAUACUGUCACACUCAACAUUGACAUUGACUUUCCAGUUUUGACUAAAUUAAAUAAGUUGAAUUACUUAUGACAAGACACCCCCCCCCCAAGUGUUGUCAUUGUUAGUUAGAAAAUGCUUUUUUUUUUUGAGGCAGGUCAAAACUUAGACUCACUCAAAGUCAAGUUCAAAAAUUACAAAAUGAAAAUCUAAUCAAAUUUAAUGAUCAUGUUUUCAUCAGGGGUUAUCCAUAAAAUUAAAGGAGGCCCACAUAAAUUAAAGGUAAUUUCUUAAUUUAGCGCAUUAAAAUUCCCUAAUUAAAUUUUUUAUUAAGUAAUCAACUUAAUUCAUGAUUUAAAUUAUUUUAAAAUAAAAUACCCCGGUACCGUCUUUUUGUCUGAACACUGUUGCAACAACCAUUAACAAAAUUUUAGGAGAUAAAAGAAAGUAGCCUACAUUUCAUGAAUCUUUUGUCAUUCUCGGGGCCAUUUAUUGUGGUAAGGCAUGGCAAAGAGAACUCUACUAGCCUACUGUCUUCAAAGAUAGGAUUUUUGUUGUUGCUCAAUUGGAUGUAUCUAGAUUUAAAUAAAGGUUGUAUUUAUUAUUUUUUGUAUUACUUUAUUUAAAAAAUGUCUAGGUGUCCAUAUUUCUUUCUAAACCAGUGGUGGGUUUGACAAGUUUAAAUAUUUAAGUCUCUCAUGUUCUAGGCAUCUUGGAAACUGGGAGAUAUCCAUGCAGGGACAUGUGAAGGUUUUACUUGUCAGGGGCGUCAAUAUCAAGGGGCACAUUUUCUAUAUACUAGGGUGUGAGGUUUCAGGCUUUGCCCAUGGCACCGCUUUUUUUCACACGGUCCAACAUCCAUUAAUGAUGUAAGGCAUCCAUAUUUUGUGUGUGUAUGUGGAGUGGGGGGUCAUGUGGGAUAAUUUUUGUUAAAAGCGUCUAAUUUUUGUUACAAAUAUGCGACGAUUUCAUUGUCAAUAAAUAGUUGUUGAUUUACAAAGAGACGAAAAGCAGACACAUAAUGAAAUAUAUGGUAAUAGGGAAGUGAACACAAUAACAGAUUAUUAAUGAAGCAAAACGAGGCCGUCCAAUAAUAUGAAAUCACUAACGUCUCUCUUUUUGCUUAAAGCAAAUUAUAAAUUAGAGUUGAUCAACCACAGACCACUUAAACAACUUUUUUGCCUAAUAUGAGGUGACUCACAACUGCCAAAAAAAAGUUAUUCCAUCUGUGUAGGAAUGGGUUUGCAGAGGGGAUGGUCCACCCCAGGCGGACCUUUUUUUUUAUGGAGGGAUGGCAUAUUUGGCCAGCUGAAAAGUUUUUGUUUUAUUUCAUGGUAGUGGGUAGCAGAAGUAUGGGGCCGCCCCAGGUGGAUCUAACCCUUGCUAUGCCACUGAGACAUUCAUUUACACUUCAUAACAUAAUCCCUGGUCCCCUCAUAAUGUCUCCCUGGUCCUCUCCUUACGAGGUCACGUGACACAUCAAAUAACGCUUGGACAUUAGUCGCUUUCUGAUGUUGGUGGAAUUCUAUUACGUAGCCGAGUCUCACACUUCCCAUCAUUUGCUGGGCACUGUUUCCCUGGUCAUCUGCUUUCAAAGACGAAGUCAUUCUUUUUUACAUUGACCUAAUGGUGAAACACUGGCAUAGUGGGAGCGACAUGUUCUCCACGGCCUUAGGAAGGCGCGGUCACCACAGGUUCCCUGUAUAUGUGUUUACGGUCGCACUACUGCGCAGAUUUCUGAUCAUCAAUGCUUCAUAACCUUGGUGGUGUGUGUCCGCUGGGUUACAAUUAAACCCACCACAAUUGAUCAUAAGAAAUCCAAACACAAGACAACUGAACCAACGGAAUAGUGAACACAUAGUUAGGAAACACUGGAAUACAUUGGGACUUGACUUCACUUUACAUAUUGUAUUGUACGUCAUUAUUGAAGGGGGAGGCUGAAAGCUCAUGGUGUACCAUGCUAUAUAAAACCUCUUAUAAUAAUUAUAAUAAUAAUACUUACAAAUAAGAGGGGAAUGCUCUAAACGGAUGGAUACACCAAGAAAUGCAAGAUGGGACUUUUUUGUGUACAUUAUAAAUGGUUGGCCCCUUCGUAUAAAUUAUUGGAUUAAAUUCAACCUGAGAAAAAACUCACAUUGUUAACAUUGUUUUAUAAAUAGCAACCAAAUAUAUAGAGCGAGCUCCCUUUUGAAGUUAUGACUAAAUUCUUGGUGGUUAAUUAAUUAUAAUUUUUUAGAUAAUUCUUAACUAGAUCAGGCAUUGAGGAAUACGCACAAAGAGCCUAAAGCAGAGUUUAAAAAAAAAAAACAAUUUGGAAAUUAUUACAUUUAUUAAGGAAAUAAAUGAUACUUACGUAAAAAAAUAGUUAAAAUAACAAAAUGUUUAUCAAGCAAUAUUCUUCAAUGUUCAAGAAAAUUAGUAUAUAUAUAAUUUAUAAUAAAUUUUUGACCUGUUCAUUUUACCAUUUUAUGUUUUUACAUUUCAUUACCUGAUGAAAUUUCGGUAAAAGGGGGUGAUGGGGGUGGUACUUUUAAUAUCAGUAUCUCAAAACCUGAUUUUGUUACAAAUUGAACUUUGGUAUAGAUUUAAAUUUAAAAAUAGAUAACCAUAUCCUUUAAAUAUACAGAAAAAGGCGAUGAACUAUUUUUUAAAAUAGAAAAUGAAUUAGAUGGCAUGGUCAAAGGCGGUUGGGACAGUAGAGUACUGGUAUAUAGUUUAAGGUUAAUCUAAGUGUGCCUGACGGCAGCUACUUAGGGUGUUACUAAAUAAACUUUAAUAAUAAAAUAUUUUUCACAAGGCAGCAGAAGAUGCAGAAUGGGUGGAUGCAUUUUAUGAGUAUAGCAAUGUAGCAAAGUUCAAAUUGGUUACACACUGGCUAUUGGUAUAUAUAUAGUUUUAAAACUAAUGAAAUAAUGUAUUUAGCUUUCUACCACCAACACAUUUCAAUGGAGGACUGAGGAUGCUUUCAUUUUUAUGCGAAAACGAUACUUUUUUUAAAUCCCAUGAUAUUACAGACUUGAAAAAUAGGUUUUAGAUUUUCUUUCAAAAUAAAUAAAUACGUGUUAUAGUUAUGUUUGACACAUUGUGGACACCUUUACAUAAGUAUACCCAUAACUCAAAACUCACUCAAGUUGGAAAGAGGAGAAUAUUGGAUACAAUUUUCUUUGAAACUAAUGCCAUAUUUUUUACAAUUUUCCAAAUAUACAGUUAAUGGGUGAUAAUAAGGGGUGGGCACUAAUGUUCCCUUUAAGCUGCGCGGCUAUGUGGCUGCGCAGCUAACUCACAGACACCGCGCAGCAGUUUUGAGUAUCCGCGCAGCAAAUUUCCAUGUAAAUGUGUGUUUGUGGGCUGUAAAAUUUUGCACACAAAAAAAUUGAUGCUGUAAAACUUUGCACACAACUGUAUAAUUUUGCACACGAACCAGCAAACCUUAGAGAGAACAUUGGUGGGCACAUAUUUAGAAGGAAUGCAAUAUUUUUAGUUUAAUGUUUUAAUUGUAACGUUUAUAAUUUAGUGUUGUUACUUGUAAACUUUAGCUAAUGUAUUGUAAUUCCUCAGUGCAAGUGAUGACUUGCCAAUAUAACUAUCUCAUUCACAUUUAUUACAAAUGACUGUCACUUUCUUGUCAAGAAGUAAUAAGGUCCAAUGAAUAUACACUGUACUUUAUUAAGAUAUUUGAUAAAUACAUCACAUGGUUACUUGACAUCAGAAUUGUUAGAACAACUAUAAUUGCAAUACUAAAAAUAUGUAUCCAUACAUGUACAAUACUUUAUCUAAUUAUUAGUUCAGUAAAUCAAUCGGAAAAAUACAUGUCAACCUCCUCCAUUAAAAUUAUAUUGUUCACCUCUACUCAAAAACAUGAAUUCUCCCCACGCUAUAAACGUAGUUCCUUUUUCUCUUGUUUCUAUUCUUUUCCUUCAAAUCGCUACACCAUCGUGCCAUGUGAACAAGUGUUACUGUCGUGUGAAAAAUCCAUGUCAUAUGCUUAAGUAACAUGUUCUCUUACAUUUAGCAACGUAGGUAAAUUAAAUGUAUGCAAAUCGAGAACUGCCCAUAUUUUGCUAUUAAAAGCUUUCUUUCUGUACAGAAACAAUUAAACAAAUUGUAUUCUUUGUCUUCUUUCCCUUUUCAACUCCUUGAGGAGAAUAGGCCUUUAACAAUUUCUGUCCAAGCCUUCCGGUCUCUUGCUAUUUUCUUUUACUCUUUCCAACUCUUUUCAAUUUUUAUUAUAUCCUUGUCAACCUCUCUUUGUCAGGUGUUUUUAGGAUCUUACUGGCCCCUCUUAAUCCUUGAGGGUUCCAAAUCAAUGCUAGCCAAGUUAUAUUCGGCAUUGGUUUUCUCAUGGAAUAACCUAUUCAUCUCCACCUUCCUUUACUCAUUUCUUUCUCCACUGAGAUUUGUGCUGUCAUUUCCCUCACUGUUGUGUUUGGGUUAUUGUGGAACAAAUUCAUGUUGAGGAUGGAACAAAUUCAUGUUGAGGAUGAAACAAACUAUUACCCGGUACUAGAUAAAAAAAAUUAAGUCUCGGUGCUAGAACUAGCCAUAUUUUCUCAUUUCCUGCAACAUUUGUGGUUUAAAUGUCUUUGAGGUAUUCUUAAGAAAGAUAAUAUCAGCAUCCCGAGGACAGCAAUUAAUCAAUGAUUAAUUAUUUUACCUCAAAUAAAAAUUUAUAAAAAAAAUAAUAAUCAUAUGCUGGAAUUUUUGUCUCCUACUGACAAUGUUUUUUUUAUUACUGGUCACUUCAGAAGGAGAGAAAACAAGUUCAUAAUUUUAAAAAGUUGGUUAUCUGCGUUGAGUUUAUUUAUGACUCUAAAAUAUGAUAUUACCUACCAAAUGGUUUGCCUGGCUAUAGCAUUUUAGUGAAUGAAUUUAACAGACUAACACAUUUUGAUGAGACCUGUAAAAAGUGCAGCACUAGUUUCUUAAUUGCAUUAUAGCAUUCUUUGAAAACUUGUAGGGCUUUUAUUCUCCCGAGACAUAUCAGAUGAGACAAAACAAAUACACCAUUUUAAUGUUGAAAAUAACAUUUUACAUUAGUUAUUUUAAUUUUAAUAGCAUUACCUUAAAUUAUUUAGCCCUUAUAGUUAGUAUCUAUACAAUGUCUUCAGCAAAAUAUACAAUAAGUACUAUGUGUUUAAAAAAGUUCCAUUGAAUUGUGGAUUUUUUUUUAACUCUGAAGAAAUUUGUGUUGUGCAUAAUUUUAAAUUUGAAUUUAUUAUUAUCAAGGUGAACUAAUUCUGACCUAUCAUUUCCAUGAUGUCAGAUCAGCUGUAGACCUUUCAGUCAUAUCAAAAACCUGAUUUGAAGCUUCACUCUUUUUAUAGAAAGGCAAGAAUCAUGUCUCAUCCAUCAGUAAUUUUCAUCUUUGUUUAUUCCAUUUAGGGAUUGUAAAUUGUAUAUUAGGGAUUGGAAUUUUUUUUUAAAUAAAAGGCCAAAAGGUAUAGACUUUAGGUAUUGUGGUUUGCUUGGAGGCUAGGUCGUUUUUGGAUGUCUAACUGAGGGUGGGAGGGGAUGUCAAAGAUGGGCACGUCUUCAUGAAUUUUGCACUUUAACUUAACUAUUACUAUUACCCUUAAUAUAAUUAUAAUUUUAUUCUCUCCAUUGAACUUAUGCUAUGGAGAACUUUUAAUUGAUAUUUUAUUUGACACUCAUUGUUUUAACAUGGUGUAGCAUGUCCCCUUGUGUACAAAACUUGUUUUGAACUUGUAAAAAGAAAUUACAUUAAUCAUCAUUUAAAUCAGUAAAAAAAAAUAGUUGUCAGAAAAUUUUAUGAAGGAAGGCUGAUUCUUUACAAAAAAUAAGGAGCAUCUUGUGCCAAUACAGUUCAAAAUCUGUUUUGCCUGAUAAAAGCUUUUAUAUUAGAUUUAAUGUCUUUGCUAUGGUACUCCAAAUAAGGCUAUCUAGUCUACGUUUCCUUAAUGGACCACUGCUCACACCAAUAAACCGUUAAGCAAUGACAGACGAUUAAAAAUUCAUAGCAGUUAUCCCUCAUGGCUUCAUUGGUUGUGGACAGGUUGUGACCCAGAAUAUUAUAUCAUUGUACAAUGAGUGACACUUUCAUUUUUAGACACAUUUGUCCAAAAAUGGCUGUGGAUGCAGGAAAAAAAAAUGUUUUUCACACUGUUAAGCAUUUUAUAAAAAUCAUUUAACUUAACAAAUCUUUCAUAUAUGUUUUGUAGUUGUAGUUGAUUGCUAUUACAACGUUAUGCAUGGAAUUUAACUACCCCAUAUUUUUAUUACACUACUAAAACUUUUUUUUUAUUGUCUAAUUUUGCUAUAAUUUAAGUGAAAUAUGUUAUCUGUUUCUAUUCUCCAGAUCACCUAAAAGAUUUUCUUUGAUUGACAUUGUAAUGGCUACAAAAGUAUGUGUUCGUAUGAUUUUUGUGUUACCCUAAAAUCUUUUCCUUAUCAAACAUUAUAACUUUAAUUAUUUUUUUAAAAACUUUCACUCAGGAAAUAUUUUGCUCUGCUUUCAGUCUGCUAACAGGUUUGGGAUUAAUGAACCAUUUUUCUUUUGUUUUAACAAACAUUUAUCCAAUUGUUGACAGAUCUGAGGGGGUUAAAAACUAUUCACAUGUCCUAUACAGUAUGCACUUUUUAGAAUAUGUAUUAUGUGGCUGACCAUGGUUGACACAAUUUUCUUUUCACAAUGAAAAAAAUCGUUAAACCCUUUAAUUUUUGUAUGGUUCCAUCACUGUAUGUGUGUAAGUCUGGUUAAGUACAAAAUAAAGGUGGACCAAACAAACAAAAUCAAUUUAAAAAUUUUAAACACUUAUAUAUUACCCUAACCAUUGUCAUAAAAAAAAAAAUCUACUGCAAUUUAGUUCAUUUCAAGUUUCAAUUGAUUUCUACUGAUGUAUAGCUUUCACUUAUGAAGAUCUAUGUGAUGUUAACAUAAUCAUUUUGAAAAUGAUAUGCCUUUAAAGAGAAGUUUUAAAAUUGAUUAAUUUUCCACUUUGUAUUUAAUGUUUAAUGUUUUAAUGUUUAUAAAUGAUAUAUCCAUGGAGCCUUGAUAACCAACAGGCAUUAGCUUUUAAUAAAUUAUUUAAAAAUAUAAAUGUACCUUGCUUUAUCUGCACUUUAAGGCUGAUUCAAUUUACCUGAUAUACUCGUUUUUAAGAUCAUUCAUUCGUAAGCUGAACCCCCAAUAUUUGGCAGAGAAAAGCAUGAAAAGUGCAUGAUCUGCUCAUAAGACAAACCCAUAAAAUCAUUUGCAAGUGAAAGCAACAGGGUACUGUUACUAGAAAUUCCGUCACUUAAUGGCAUUCUUAAAUUAGAAUAAAUAGAAAGCAUUGGAAUGUAAGCAACAUUUUCCCAGCCAAGGAAGGAAGGAAGGAACGACACAGCACAUUUACUUGGUGACAUCAAUAUCAAGGCUAUACUAAGGGGAGAGAAUUGGUCAUACAAAGCUACUGAUACUAGCAAUAGUCAAUUAAAUCAUACUACUAAAUUUCUAUAAAAUACAAAUUCAAAUUCAAAUAUUCAGAAACAAAAAAAAUGUAUUAACUUACAGGACAGAAAAUGAAAAGGUACAAUCCUCGAAAAAUACAAAUAUUAAUUUACACACAUACACAUAAAGAGUACAAUAAUGCAAUUAUAUAAUGUCUCGUAAAUAUUUAUGAAAAUUAGCAAAAAUCUCCCCCUGCUAGUAAAGCUGCGGGGCCUAUAUAUAAGGAUUAAAUCAGAAUCAUCUAGUUAAGAAAUUCUAGAAAUUGCGUCACCUGCUAGCAUUCUUUAUAAGAAAUAGAUCGUAAACAACCUUUUCCCAAUUAAGGGAGCGGUGGGUAAAAGGAGUGGCAAAGCACAUUUCUUCAGUGACGUCAAAAUCAAAACAAAACAAAGGGGAGACAAGUGGUAGUUGCCACAGUGCUAAAAAUAGGCUUACAAAGAAAUAAAAGGUAUACAAAUAUAUUGCAUACUAUGCACAUACACUUGAUUGAAACAUUUAUUUGUGUAAAAAUUGUUUUCCACUCCUGUCCUCAAUUAUGAUUAAUAAUGGAUGUUGCAACACUUUUCCUUUGACUUGCUUUGCAGCUUGUAAAAUGUACUAGAAUAGUGAGAUAUUUACCUAGCCUUCGAACAGCUCUUAUUAGAUGUCGAGCUUUCUCAUCAGCUUCAGAUUCUAUAGACAACUACACACACAAUUUGACUGAAGACUCUACAAGUUAGUAUUGAUUGGAUGUCUUGUGCUUGUUAGAUGUUUAAGUUGAAGAUUAAAUGGUUUUCCAUAGUAAGUUUUUUUUUUUGUUACAUAGUUAAUGUAAUGCAAAUACAAAACUACCUGGAUUUAAAAGUAGUAACUCUGAUAAUUUAUAUGAGUCACUUGCCACAUUAAUGUAUGCAUGCUUCAAAAAUUGUAUUUGUUUAAAUUCAGCUUACAUUUUUUCAAAAUAAAAGUUUCACUAUAUGAAAUACCCAUUAAAAGUCAGUGGUGAUAGCUGUACCCAUAUUAUUUGAUCCCAUAAGCUAAUUAAUGUAAUUUUAUAAAUAGCAAGCUUAUGUUAUGCCUUACUAAAUUGUUCCUCAAGCUGUCAUGUAUCAUUUAUAAUAAUAAUUAUUUUUUUUUUUCCAUUUGGUUUUUAAAACUAAGGUUUGUCAAGCUAAUUUGGGGUUGUGCAAAUUUUUGUUAAUAUUAGUGUGUGUUUUAUUUCAACCAACAUUCUUUCAACUUCUUGUGAGAGAUGUGGAUACAUGUAUAUAUUUUGAUUUAGUUUCUAAAUAACUGUUAAAACCAUCAGAAUUAGAUGGUUUUUCGUUUUAUUGACUGCCAAUGUGUGUCGGUAUAAUUUUUUUAAUCUGGAAAAAAAAAAAAGUAAAAUGGCAGCAUAUGUGUGAUAAAUAGAUAGCAUUUUAAAAAAGUGCAGAUUAGAAAUAAUUCUUCACUUUUUAUUUUAAUUACUAGUUUUAGCCCACCAAACAAUGGCGGUUGCAGUUGGAGAACUUCCCAUCUACUUAAGUUACUUGACAAAACAUGCACUUAAAUAACACACUUUUUAAGAUUCCUAAUUAGCACUACACCCCCUCCCCUAAGGUAUGACACUGCACACUUUUUGCAUGCCCCUAAACUAUAUUAAUAUUCUGAUGUCCUGACCCCUUUUACACUGAAGAUUUAUUGCGCCAUAUUGAGACUAUUUCAAUUCUCAAAAAACAAACGAAAAUAUUACACAUUACAUGCACUUGCACUGGCGGUAUAAUAAGAAUCUCAUUAGUGCAGUUAUCUGGAAUUUUAUUUUACGUGCUCUUGAACUCACCAUUACACCAUACUUUCUUUCAAACCUGGAGAAUUAUAUAUAUUGAUUAUAGAAAGUUGGUACUUAAAAAACUUUAUUCAUCAUAUUUAUAGUAAGAAUUUAUAAAAUUGGGAUGCAUUCCAAAAAAGUUGUAAUGAAGAGGUGGUCCUUAGUAUUAAAGUUUAAGAAGGCCUUGUGACAAGGCCCUUGUUUAAUGAUUUUUUCUUGCUUCAAUACACUAGUAAAUUACAUUCAUGCUAAAUGGUAAUUAAAUUAUAUUUUCUAUCUAGAAUCUCGAACAGUGUGGCCAGAUAAACUGUUAGGUCCCUUGGGACCACAAGAUAAAAGAUUUCCUCUCCCAGGCAGAAUAGGACCCUGUGUUAAUUCAAGAGAAAUAAGUCAAAUAAAUACCAAAGAGGUGGUGCCUUCACUCGCCGAACUUGAUGCUAUAUUACCAGCGGCUUCAUUCCAACGACACAGUGAUAUAGCUGAACAGUUUUUAACAUCAAUCGAUGAGGUACACAUUAUGAAAAAGUUCACUUGUUGCAAUUAUAAAUUCAUUAAAUUAGUCAACACCUUUGAUAUCAAGCUUUAAAGCGUGCAGUAUGAAAAGUUUGGCAUUCAAAGUGUAUUGCAGAAGAAGGAAAAAUAUUGACUGCUGUAUCUAGUAAAUUUAUGGUGUACUUUUAGUCUAACUCUCCUCUGUUUAUAUUAGUAACGAGCAUGUUAUGGGUCAGUUUAAAAAAAAAAAUCAUUCUUUUUAGAUUAUGGCUCAAAUAAAGUAAAUUUUUGUCUGCCCCAGAAUCAGACUGUAUAAAUGAACAAAUUAAUCUUAAGGGGAUUACUACAGAAAGACUAACUUUAUUAUGACAUUAUGAAUGUUCUCCAAUUGAAAGUAAUUAAUCACUGUCAUAAUGUAAAUGAAAAAAUAGGGAAACUAAAUUGGUUAACUUUAUGCUAGAAAAUUGAGGUAUAAUUAAUUUUUAAACCCUUGUGCAGAGAUACUGAUCUUCCAUCGAGCGCCUCCCCAGGUGGCAGAUAGAGGAAAGCCCACUAGAUAUAGCAGGUACCUGGGGAAAUAAAAUGCCCUGGUGGACCAAAAUGAGAACCUGCUGUUAUGUACGAAGUGGAGGGUUCCUCAAAGGCUAGGGAACCUUACCCAAAAAGAAAGGCAGCUACCUAGAGAGCUUUGAGGGGCAGCCCCCCCUGAGGGUUGUGCGCAAGGCUAACAAAAUAAAACCCGGACUGAUUCUAAUGGAAAUAAACCUAUGCCUGGAUAUGGACAUGAUUUUAGGAUUUGAACUUGGAAGGUACUAAGCUUGUUAAAAACAGGAGCCUUAGCCUCCUAAUAGAACAACUUAUUAAAUAUAGCAUCUCUAUUGCUGCAGUACAAGAAAUUUGAUGGAAAAAUGCAGACAUCCUCAGGACAAAAGACUAGACUAUAUUUUAUAGUGGUAAUAACACCAAACACUCUUGGAGCAUGAUUUACUGUGAAGAAAGAAGCAUUCAGUGCAGUCAUAGGUUUUAAGCAAGAGAAUAAAUGAUUAUGCUAUGUAGGUGUGUGAGGAAAAAUGUUUGACAUAACAUUUAUAAAUGUUCAUGCUCCCACCAAAGAUACAGAAGGUCAGAUAAAAAUGAUCACAGCUGUCGCUAAAGGAGCAUAGAUAACAAAGGGAUAUCAAUGAUGAAAAAUCACCCACCGGCCCCCGAGCAGGGCUGGUCUCCUAGGCAGCCGUUUCUGUUACUAGCAUAGUACUUGUGAUGCAGUGUUUAUGUAGGGGCUAGGAGUGCCCACUACCACUUAGCAAUAAACACUGUUAAGAUCUGAGUGUUCUGUAACUAUGAGGAAUCCUUCCGCAAGGUACCAGUGAAGAUUCUCCCCUAUUUGCACAGACUCAAAAGAUAGGAUCAUGUUUUUCCCCAGGGGUGGCACGGGAGGUCAUAGUGGUCUGAGGACCAAGUUUCCGCACAAAAAUAUACUGGUACAUAAAGUUACUUGGACCUCACCAGAUAGAAUCCUAACAAAAUUGACAAUGCUCUAGUCAAUUUGAGGCAUGGAUCAGACAUACUAGAUGUAAGAAGGUAUCGAAAAGAAAAGCAUCAGUUAAGUCAGGUCUGAGUGGAAGGAAGUGGUGAGGCAGGCCAAAACCCUACAUGGACUACAGGGCUACAGGGAUGGAUGAAUAAUUUUUUAACCACUCACAAUUUUUAUACAUUAUUUAUAAAAUUGUAAAUAGUCACCACUGUAUGUGUAUUUGGAGAUGCUUUGAAAAUAAAAUGCUCGCAAGCAGUUAAUAGUUAAAUUAAAUUCAAGAACAAGUGUCUGCAAUGUGUCUUUGUGUUAUAUUCAAAAUUAAAUUAACAGUUAAUUUAUCCUCCCAUUGAGUUUUUUCUCCAUUUUCCAGCAAUUUUCAUACGUAAAGUAAUCUUAACCUUGAUUAGCAAAGUCUCAAACUUCAUUCAAAUAUAAGGUUAUUAGUAUUGAUAGUCCGAUAAUGUUAUAUUCUAUACUAAUAUGUUGCUAUUUUUAAAAAUUAAAUGGCAUUACCCAGGAAUAAUUGCCAUACUCUAUAUCAACCGCAUGCGGCUCUUCUGUGCUCACAUUGCGACUUGCGAACAAUUUAUGAAAUUAAAACUUUUCGUUUGAAAUAUACCGUAUAUAAAAAAUAAAUGAAAGUUUAAAAAAAAAUCUUUACUGAAACAAAGGGUUGAAAAUAAUUUGGGAUUGGCUGUAACGCAUCUAUUUCUUCAACAUACGGUUAGGUUUAAAACAAUUGAAAUAUUUAAAUCAUUAAAUUCGAAUAAAAUGUAAUUUUUAAAAAUAAAUCACAAAAGGAAUUUUUCAUUGCGAGUGGGGUCGUGACCCAUAGUGCUUCAAUGUGGCUCUCAACAAUUUUUUUUAUUUUAAAAAUGGCUCUCAGUUACUACAGGUCUGGCCACCCCUGCUCUAUAUCGUUAAAUUUAAAUAAUAAAUUAAAUGUGUUUACUCAGUUUCACUUGAAGGAAGAAAUAAAUUAUGGGUUUUUAUAACAAAUAAAUUUAAAACACAACUUAUCUAAAAUAAUGUAGAGGCCUGCCUUUUAUUAAUUUUAAUUUUAUGCAAAAGGCAUUCCAGAAAAAAGUGCAGUUUGAAUGAGUAUGCUUGGUGAAAUUUAAAAAUACUUGAAGACUAAACUCAUACACAUGUACACAUAUAUCCCAUACAUACAGUAAUCAAAACAACAAUUUUAACUGCUUUCCAAAUGGGCAUACAGCGUGAAAAAAUACCAUAUCUUAUGAACGAUGUUCACAUUCUUUUUACUAGUUGGAAAAUUAAUGUGAGGUUAACAUUUUCAUUUUUAAUUUGGCUUCAUCAUUGUCUCAUGACAUGUCAUGUCCAGUAUUAUCAUAGGCAGUGGACAAGUGGUCAGUGGCUUAGUGAACAUUUUAUUUUCAUUUGAAAUGAUAAAUAAAUGGUGGCUUCAUUUUUAAAUGUAUUAUUAAAUAUUUAUUAAGUAUUCCUCUAAAAUUAUAAAGUUAGAUAAAUCUAAGGGCCGAUGUUAGCUACAAAUCCCAUCAAUCACUUGAAUCUGGCACUUUGGAAUUACCAUCACAUUCUACAGGAGGUAUUGCCAAAGCAAGGGAAGUAAUUCUUAAAAUAAUGUCAAGAUAUAAAGGAUGUUGACAGUUAUGGGGUAUUACCAAUCUGUUUGAAUAUUGUGGAGUGUUAAGUCAUUAGCCUACUCUUUUUAAAAGAACAAAACAGCACUAUAAAUAUUUUUUUCUGAAGGUAUGAUUUUUUAAUCGUUAUGUUGACCCCUAUUCACGUUGUACUAUUGUAAUAAAAGUAACUAUGUAUAAUGAAAUCUAGUGGACUAAAACUAGUAGUUAGGGAAAAGGGCAAGUUAAAAAUGACAUUUACAUACGAAAGCAGUUUUUUUUUUUAUGGGAUGAUCCUGCAAUAAGGAGUGUUUUUGAUGGUCCACCUGUUCCUUGUGUAUGAAAAUAUUCACAGCUAAAUUUAAGCUUGAGAAAAUGACAAUUACUUUUUUUAUUAAAAUCUAUAGAUUAGUCACCUGCAUUGCCUUAGACUAAUGCUAACUGUUAAUUUUAUAUAUUAUGACAAAUUAUGUAUUUUUAUGUGCUUUAAAGAGUUUGCAAAUAUUUAAAAUCUUCAAAAACUGCCUUAUUUUGUGUUAAAAUUUAAUUAUUGCCCUCAUUUGCAAUAUGGGGUGGACUGGGCUUGUCAGGGCCGGGGAUGUAAGGGCUGCCUGGCAAGCUUCUACAUUAACGGGUACACUAAAACUUAAAUUAUUAAAUGUAUUAAAUCUUUAAUUUUUUUCAAGCUCAUUGGACACUCCAGUCCACCACUGCUAUCAACAGGACCAUUCUUGGAUCAGUUAUCAAUUUUCUGAGAUUGAUCAAUUUAUAAUAGUAAUCAUUACUUUUACACAUUGAAUUCCAUGAUAAGCCCAUUUAAUUUGUAACACUCUAAUUAUUUCUACAGAUUGAUGUUGAUUUUGUGGAUAGAGACAUUUCAAUCCCAACAUCCAUUGACAGAAUGGAAUACAGAGCACAUAAAUGUCCUGCACUAUUAAGAAAAGGUAUUCAAUAAGAUGCAAUAGAUGUGACUCAAUGAUCUUCAAGUUAUGUAUUUUAGAUAUGUUUUCUGUGUAUGUUUCAACUCACUGUUUUUAAUAUAACUAAAUUAUAUUGGUACAUUAAAUAUAUUACUUUGUAUGUACCAUUCUGAAUAAACAGAAGAGGUUAGGAGGUUACACAAAGGUUAUGCUAAAGAAAAAGAGUUGGAGAGUUGCUGAACCUUAAAAUUUAAUUUAAUCUGAAUCAUUGGAUUAUUAUUUUUUUUUAAAUCGAUUACAAUCCCUUCAUAAAGAAUAAUCAAAACUUGUCAACCAAGAAUUAUAGUAAUUUUAGAAUUUCCAUCUGUGAUGGCCAUGUAUGUGCAGAAUUAAAAAAAAUUAUUUCAUACUAUACUGAUACUGAAAAAUGAAGUUAGAUAUUUAUUCAAACUAAUUUUUAAAAAUAAAUAUUUUUAUUAAUUUAAAAAUAAAUAAUUUUAUUGAUUUAAAGAUAAAAAUUUGCAUGGAUUUUAAUAGAACAGGCAAAUUCUUAAAUUUAAUGACAAUUGUAUUUGUAUCUAUCCAAUCCUUAUUUGCAUAGAAUUCAAAGACCUCUUCCCUCAGAGAAAUAUUAUGGAAGGUGAGCUUACAGUGAUAACCAUCAGCUUGAAGACAAAAAAUGACAUGACUACUUGGUCAUCAGAAGUGGAGCAAGAACGGGAAGAAUUACUAGAAAUGGUAUGUAAAAUUGCCUAAAAUACUUGAGGGAAUGCUUAGAUAUUUGUAGGAGACGUAACUUAAUAUCUAAUAAAUAUAUGUGUGUAUAUGUUGAUUUUCUACAAUUGAAGUAGGGAUAAGUAUAUUAAUUAUUAUACCGGUAAUCAUAUAUUUAUUUCAUCCUCUGAAGAAGACCUUAAGCUGAAAGGUUGAUUGAUUUGUUUGAUCUCCAAUACAGCUGUUUUUUUUUAAAAAUUAUUUAUACUUUAUGUGUGUGUCUUUUAAUAUUAGUAUGUGGCUUGAAGAAGCAAAGAGAAAGGUAUUAAUUUGGUUCGGGGCCAUCCAUAUAUUACAUAUGGAAAGAAGUCAAAUUUUUAUCCCCAUGCCCCCUGUUGUAACCGUACAUUUCUAGACACCCCCUUGCAAACGUACAAAUCAAAACCCCCUCCCCCCUCAAACAAAAAAUACUUUGGAUUUAAAUGUGUCACUUGGCUAAAUAUAACUGUGCAAAAGUGUAUUUACACAUUGUUGCUGACUCCCACCCAGCACCCAUAUGUAUAAUCUCCUAAAUUAACAAUUCACCCUCACCCUUGGGACACACAUAAUAUAUUGAUGGCCCCCACACAAUUAAGAAUGCAGACCACAUUAUGGAAAUUUUUUUUUUUAACUUUCAAUGAAACUAGUUUAUUCAAGGAGCUGCAGGUAUUUGUCAAGCUUUUGAAAAGUCAGGCUUCUGGGCUGAUUUCAUUGACCCCUCAUCUGGAAAGCCUGUGAGUGUUUCUUAUUUUGGGUGGUUUUUUCAACAGUACAUGGCAUACAAUGGUACAAUUACUUCAAAUGUUGUAAAAAUAAUCUUUGUGAAAAUUUAACAUAAUAGGACACAUUUACUCCGUCAAUAUUGUAAGUGAUCAAAAAAUUUAUGAUUUUUUUUUUUCGGUCACAGUUUAACAGCUCUCACACAAACUUCACUCUGUUUGAGACUGAUGAGCGUUACAGGAAGCUUGGCUUUGAAAUUCAUGAUCUUGGCUGUUGUAAAGUGAUCAGCCAUCCUGUGUGGGGAACCCAUGCUUACAUUGGUUGUAUGUUUACCUCUGCUUCUUUAGAUCAUCCUCUUUUAAUGAACUUGAACAGUCCUCUAUAAUAAUUUGUUUUUAAGUAUUAGGGUGUUUUGUAUAAAGGUUGUGGUUUGAAAAUAUUAUCCUAGGCAAAAAGUACAAUAUAUAAACAGAUGAGAUGUUUGGAAUGCUUCAGUGUAUUGUUAAAUAGUGAGUCGACUUGCCCAAAUUUGUUAAAUUCUGUCAUUAACUAGGGUAUGAAACAAUAUUAUACUUAUAGUUUGUGCUAAUUUUUAUCUCAAUGUAUUCCCGGUAAAUAAUCAAUCCUUUUGUGGUGCAAUUAAUCUUAAGAAUAUGAAUGUUAUUUUCAGUAUAUGGUAUGUAAUAAGCUGUAUGCCCAUCUGGAAAGUAGUUAAAAUUGUUGUUUUGAUUACUGUAUGUAUGGGAUUUAUGUGUACAUGUGUAUGAGUUUAGUCUUCAACUUGGCACGAUGUACGUGUAUUAAAUGGUUGCCAUCUGCUCAGGUUGUUUUAAUAGAAAAUAAAACAAUGUUGCAA